UGGAAGCCUCUUCACCUCCGACUCCUCUGGCCUCCCAAAAAAAAAAUUACACCAUCCUUGUGGCACCCCGUUCUCAUGCUUAAUUACUCCGGCAGCCUCCGACCAAGACUCCAACAACAACAACGUACCGGACUGAACCCAAGUGCAUCCCAACACAAGGCCAAGACAGGUAAGUCAUGCAUUCAAAUUUCCACCCUGUCUUUGAUUGCAAACACUCUCCCUUUUCCCAUUUGUCCACCUCUCUAGACCAUAAAUACGCAUACCAACUGUUUGGCAAAAAUGACCCUUCGAAGACCAGACACUCCCCUUCCCCCUUCGUCCACCAAUGUCACCAAUUCUGUAGACCAUAAUUACACACACCAACUGUUUGCCAAAAAGUGCCUGUGAAAUUGUUGUAUAUUGGAGAGAUUAUAGGCUUGUUUGAUUGGCCAACUUAGACACGAGACAAAUUAUAACUGUUGUGAGAGGUCAUUAUUGGGAUUUGAAGCCAGCUAUUGGAUGGGGAGUAUCAUAUCAGUGGGUCAUGGGUUGUGUCAGAUAACUAACCAUCUAAAACAUGAGAUGCUGUUAAUCCUUUAUCCAUUAGUUUUAGUUGGAAUAGUUAUAGGUCGGGUCACUGGUAGUCCCGUCAAUAAACAUGGCCUAUAGAUAUAGCAGAUCAAACUCCUUGAGUGAUGUAAUUUCUUUGAAUUGUAUAUCAAUGCCUAGCAAAUUAAGUGAAAUGAAUCAUAGAUUUGAAUGGUCAAAGAUUAUGUAGAACUUCAAAAUUCAAUUAACUAUGUUUUGGAAUGGAGUUUGAUAUGCAUUAGUGCUUUAUAAUGUGCAAUUUGAUUCUUCUGUUUUUUGAGUCAAUAAGCCAAAGGACACGUUUCCGCUAUUUGAGGAUUAGAUAUCCCAGUGAAAACCAACCACAAGAACCUAAGCCUAGUACCUAGAAAAGAGUCCUACGCCACAUGUAGCCGGCAAAAAAUGUUAAAAAUUGAGAACCUAAUGAGUUGACUUGGAAGGUAACAAAAAGGCCCAGUUUUCCAGAUUCCGAGUUGCCCUACGAACUGGUUCAGAUUUAAGAUCCCAGCUAUCCCCUUACAACCAAAAUUCUAUUGCCAGAAACAGAGAAAAAAGAGGAAAAUGGCGGAGGUUGCAGUUUUCCAUCUCCUAUCCAACUUCGCAACAUAUCUCGGAACCUAUCUCAAGGAAGAGGCAAAACUGUUAACUGGAGUGGGGAAAGAGAUUGAAUACAUUAGAGCCGAAUUCAAGCAGAUGAAAAUUUUCCUUAGAGCAGCUGAUGCUAUGGAAGAGGGAAACCCGGAACUCGAUGUAUGGGUGAAGCAAGUUCGAGAAGCUGCAUAUGAUACUGUAGAUGCUCUUGACAUGUACAUGCUUCGCCUUGGACAUCACCACGGCCCCGGAUUCCGCGGAUUUCUUUGCAAGGUUUCUUGUUUUAUUAAGACUUUGAAAGCUCGUCACCAAAUUGCUUCUGAAGUAAAAGAAAUCAAGUCCAGAUUCGUUGAUAUUUCCGUGGGAUAUCAGAGAUACAAUGACAUAUACCGCUCAAGCUCCACUCAUUCUGGAAUUGCAUGGAAUGAUUGCCGUGGUGACGCACUUCUACUCAAAGAAGCUGACCUUGUGGGCAUCGACAAGCCCAAAUCACAAUUGCUUCAGUGGCUAGUGGAUGAGGAUCCUCAACUCAAGGUGAUUUCGGUAGCAGGAAUGGGCGGGUUGGGCAAAACCACCCUUACUAAAAUGGUCUACGAUGAUGCAACAGUGAAGAGGCACUUUCAAACCCAUGUUUGGAUCACUGUUUCUGAAACAGUCAAAGUCGAAGAGCUUUUAAAAGACAUGAUCCGACAACUCUUUGAAGAAGUUAGGCAACCACUCCCACAAAGCAUGGACAAUAUGGAUACAAAUGGCUUGAAAAGAACAAUUAACGAUUUUCUGCAGCAGAAGAGGUAUGUGUUUGUUUUGGACGAUGUAUGGCAUAUUCCUAAGUGGCAAUUUCGCAAAAUUAUAUUUCCUGAAUGCAAUUGUGGCAGUCGAAUAGUCCUAACAACGAGAAAUAAUGAUCUAGCAUCUUUUGCUAGUAAAGAAUAUCAUGGUUCUGUUUAUAAUCUCCAACCCUUGCCUCACCAACAAUCAUGGGACCUGUUUUGCAAGAAGGCAUUUCAAGGGAAUCCUUGUCCCUCACAUUUGGAAGAUCUUUCAAGAGACAUCUUGAAAAGAUGCGAGGGUUUACCACUUGCAAUUGUGGCAAUCGGUGGUCUUUUAUCAACGAAGGAGAAUAGUCUUGACGAGUGGGAGAGGAUUUACCGCUGCCUUGGAGAGGAACUGCAAAGCAGUGACAAACUCGUGAGCAUGAAAAAGAUAUUGUCCCUUAGUUACUUUGAUCUGCCUUACUAUCUCAAGUUAUGUUUUCUGUACUUGAGUAUUUUUCCAGAAGAUUUUUUCAUUAGCCACAUGAGAUUAAUUCGGCUAUGGGUGGCGGAAGGAUUUGUAGAAGCGAAAGAAAGAAUGACAAAAGAAGAAGUUGCUGAAGGAUACGUCAAUGAGCUAAUCAAUAGAAAUUUAGUUCAAGUGGCAAAGAGGAGGCAUAGGUCGAAAAGUUAUCGAAUCCAUGACUUUUGGCGUGAAAUAGUUGUUUCCAAGUCGAGAGAGCAAAACUUUGUGUCAUUAGCCAGUGCCGAGAAGGUGCGACGCUUAUCAUUACACACUAAUUUGGACGACAUACAAAUCAAUUGCUUUACUCGACUUCGUUCUUUGCUUGUGUUUAGCAAAGAAGAUCCGCUGUCCAUGUUGUCUAAAGUUGUGUCGUUAGGCAAAAGGGCGAGGCUAUUAACGGUGCUAGACUUGAGAGGUACAGAUUUGAAAACAUUUCCCAAAGAAAUUGUGAAGCUAGUUCAUCUUACUUAUCUAAGUCUAAGGGAGACCGAGGUAAAAUUGAUCCCGAAGUCAAUUGGAAACCUCAAGAAACUAGAAACAUUGGAUCUCAAGUUGACACUUGUUACAGAGUUGCCAGAAGAGAUACUGAAGUUGCAAUAUCUUCGUCAUCUCUUAUUGAGUAGUGGCAAAGAAUUGAUUGAUGGUUACUUUGGUUUUCACCGUGUAUCUGGAUUCAAAGCCCUAAAAGGAAUAGGGAGCCUGACAUCCUUGCAGAAAUUAUGUUAUAUUGAGGCAGACAAUGGAAGUAACAAUAGCACUGUGUUGAGCGAGCUUGGGAAGCUGACUCAGCUGAGGAAGUUGAACAUUUUAAGACUGCCACAGGAACAUGGAAAGGUGUUAUGUUCAUCCCUUGAGAAGCUAAACAGCCUUCAAUCGUUGUUUGUCGGUGCAAAAGAGGAAGAUGAGAUCAUUGAUCUAGAUUCUUUGUCUUCGGCGCCUCGACGGCUUCGGACGCUCUAUUUAAUAGGACGCAUGCAAAACCUACCCCACUGGAUACAGUCGCUUCACAACCUGACGAGGGUAUUCUUAGGGUGGAGUAAGUUAAGGGAUGUUGAUCCACUGCAAUCCUUUCAAGACUUGCCCAAUUUGGUUUACCUUCAUCUCAAAGUGGCGUAUGAAGGAGAAGGAUUAUGUUUCAAGGCAGGUGGGUUUCGAACGCUCAGAUUUUUAUGGCUGGCUCGAAUGGGAGGAUUAAAAUGGGUGAGAGUGGAGGCAGGCUCAAUGCCUCUUCUAGAAGUGGCACGUCUCUCUGAUUGCAAAUCGAUGAAGAAGUUGCCCUCAGGGAUUGAACAUCUGACCAACCUUAAAUUUCUUGACUUGGGUGAUUUGUCAGAUAGCUUGAUUCUAGGUUUGGAUAGAGACUUCAAAGGUGGGGAUUAUUGGAAAAUUGCACACAUCCCUGAUGUUCAUAUAUGGUACAGCAAGUUGUCCUACUGGAAAAGAUCUUAUAUCUACAAAAUGGUGGAGAGCAGGAGGGAUGCUAAUCUUUAAGAUCGGGUCGUAUCUUCAAUUACGGUGUCUUGUUUUUAUUUUUACUUUUAAGAGUUUUUGAGCACUUGGCAACUUAUUUGCAAAAUCCUACUGUGAAUAAUGGAUAUAGAGUUUUAUUUUUCGUUCUCUAUUUUUUUGGGGGGGAGAUUAAUAGAUCGAGAAUCUCUUAUUUGACAUAACUAGCUUGAUUGGAUUUGGAACAGAAAAGCAUCAUUCGGUUUGUAAUAAUCGUAAUUUAGAUUAACUGAAUCUCAAGACUUCUCUCGAUGAA